CCGUUGGGGCCACGCGGGACCCGCGGGCCGCGGCGGGGCCGUUGCGGGGUCCGGGGGCCGUUGCGGGGUCCGGGCCCCGAGCGGCGGCAGGCGUCUCCGCGGGAUGGAAGGUGACCCGCCAGCCGGGCCGCAGGGUACGGGCCCGGGCCCCGACCCCCGAUCCCCCGAUCCCGCUCCCACGGCCCAGGGAGCGGAGCAGGGGGAACAACGGGCCCCCGAGGAGCCGCCCAGCUCUGACACCCCCCAGGACCCCCCCGCGGGCCGUGAGGACACGCCCGUGGGGGCAGCCACCAACGAGGCUGUGAAGGGGGACCCGCCGCCCCACGCGCCCCCACCCCGCAAGAGAGUUCGCUUCGAUUGCCCGCCCGGCUGCUCCCAGGAGGAGCCCGUCUUCUACCAGCCGCAGCUCGGACAGAGAGCGCGGCCUUUCCAUCCCCAGGGCAUCCCGCCUGGGACCCUGCCCUACAACAUCUACACCGGGCAGCCGAGAAUGGGGCCAUUGCCUGCCAGCUACAGGCAGGAACUACCCAGGGACCACAUGGUGGAGGCAGUGCUGGUGACCGUCUUCUGCUGCAUGCUGACCGGGGCCAUGGCCCUCAUCUACUCCCAUGAGACCCGGGCUGCGAUCAGGCGUGGGGACAUAGACCAGGCGUUCUCAGCAUCCAGAAAGGCUUAUUUCCUCAUCCUCUUCAGCCUCCUCUUCGGAUUGUUCGUCUCCAUCAUUUGGGUCAUCUGUGUCCUGGCAACCCUGUACGCCCAACGGGGACCCUGAGCCCCAGGGACAUGGUGUGUGUGCCAAGGGUUCCUUGCAGCUCACCACUGGCCCUGGGGGGGCACGGACAGGUGAAGUGGCCACAGCCACUUUUCCCAGCUGUCCUGGGAAACGGGUGACCACAAAGUGUCAUCUGGGCAGACCGGCAGCUCUGUCCUUCCUGGUGGGGUGAGGAGUUGCUCCAGAGCCACGUGUGCCUUCACCCACCCCCUCAGCCCUGCUGAGGAACCCAGACUGAAGCAAUGCCAGAGCCAGCUCUGGGCAAGGACUCAUGUUGGAGCAGUGGCACCAUGUAUGGGAUCAGGCUCUGCUGUGGGAUGCUGAAUCCCAUUACCAUGGGCUGUCACUUGGAGCUGCCAAAUGUGACUCUGGAGCAGAGGGAGCAUCUGUAGAACUGGGACUAGAGAUAGAGCUAAUGGCUGAGGUGUUGCAGAGAGGCCCAGGUGUACGGGAAGCCCUCACCAGCCAUUAAUAAUGUGGGAAGACACAAAAUUCACAUAUGCAACUUCUCCAGUAAUUUUGCACACACAGACACAGACACUGUACCGCCACCUCCUUGCAGCUUCCAGGCUGAAAUAAAAUCCAGCUGUAGCCAAA